AUGGUGGAAAAGAAUCGUUUUGAACAUGAUUAUGAUAAAGAUGGAAAUGGUGUUCUUGAGGGCUCAGAAAUUGCUUCUUGGCUUGUUAUGAGUUUGGAAACAACUGCAGCUGAGGUUUGUAUUAUACCAUUUUUAUCCAUUCAGUAA